AUGGGAGCCCAGGGCAGGGUGGUCUGCUCCCUGAUCUUCCUGCUGCGGGCCCUGGCUGAGCUGGCUGAGAACUCGGAGUUCUACUUGCUUGGGGAUUACCUCCUGGGUGGCCUCUUCACCCUCCAUGCCAACGUGAAGGGCAUUGUCCACCUCAACUACCUGCAGGUGCCCAAGUGCAAGGAGUACGAGAUGAAGGUGCUGGGCUACAACCUCACGCAGGCCACGCGCUUUGCGGUGGAGGAAAUCAGCAAUGACAUCAGCCUGCUGCCCAGUGUGCUGCUGGGCUACGAGAUGGUGGACACCUGCCACAUGUCCAACAACGUCCAUCCUGUGCUCUACUUCCUGUCACAGGAAGACUAUUUCCCGCCCAUCCAGGAGGAUUACAGCCACUACGUACCCCGCGUGGUGGCCAUCACCGGCCCUGACAACUCCGAGUCCUCCAUGACCGUGGCCCACUUCCUCUCCCUCUCUCUCCUUCCACAGAUCACCUACGGUGCCAUCAAUGACCAGCUGCGUUUCCCAGCAGUGCUGCGCACGGCGCCAGGUGUGCACCACCAAAUGGAGGCCAUGGUGCAGCUGCCGCUGCACUUCCGCUGGAACGGGAUCCUCGUGUUGCCAAGCAGCGAUGACUACGGCCGCGGCAACAGUCAGCUGCUCAGCAAGCGCCUGGCCCACCAUGACAUCUGCAUCGCCUUCCAGGAGCCGCUGCCCAUGCCGCAGCCCGACCAGACGAUGACGCAGCAGGAGCCUGAGCGCCUGGAGGCCAUCGUGGGCAAGCUGCAGCAGAGCGUGGCGUGUGCUGUGGCCGUGUUCUCGCCAGACCUGGCCCUGUUCGACUUCUUCCGCGAGGUUCUGCGCCAGAACUUCACGGGCGCAGUGUGGAUCGCCUCCGAAUCCUGGGCCAUCGACCCGGUCCUGCACCACCUCACCCAGCUGCAGCGCACAGGCACCUUCCUGGGCAUCACCACCCAGAGCGUGCCCAUCCCGGGCUUCAGCGAGUUCCGCGUGCGCCGCUCCCAGGUCAGCCGGCCCGCGCUCAACAGGAGCAGGCUGGGGGCCACCUGCAACCAGGAGUGUGACACCUGUAUGAACACCACUGAGUCCUUCAACUCCAUCCUCACGCUCUCCGGCGAACGCGUGGUCUACAGCGUGUACUCUGCUGUCUACGCUGUGGUUCACGCGCCACAGAACCUCCUGGGCUGCAACCAGACCGGCUGCCACAAGGAGGUGGUCUACCCUUGGCAGCUACUUCCGGAGAUCUGGAAGGUCAACUUCACCCUCCUGGGCCACCAAAUCUUCUUCAAUGAGCAAGGGGACCUGUCCCUGCACCUGGAGGUCAUCCAGUGGCAAUGUGACCUGAGCCAGAACCCUUUCCAGAGCAUCGCCUCCUACCAACCGUGGAAGCGGCAGCUGAAGGACAUUUGUGACAUCUCCUGGCACACCCCUAACAGCACGAUCCCUGUGUCCAUGUGUUCCAAGGACUGCCAGCCCGGGCAAAAGAAGAAGCCAGCUGGCAUCCACCCCUGCUGCUUCGAGUGCAUUGACUGCCUCUCUGGCACCUUCCUCAACCGAGCUGCAGGUGAAUUCGACUGCCAGCCCUGCCCAAGUUACGAGUGGUCCCGCAGGAAAGACACCUCCUGCUUCAAGCGGCAGCUGGCCUUCCUUGAAUGGCAUGCGGCACCCACCAUCACUGUGGUCGUGCUGGCUGCCCUGGGCUUCCUCAGCACCCUGGCCAUCUUGAUAAUCUUCUGGAGGAAGUUUCAGACGCCCAUGGUUCGCUCGGCUGGGGGGCCCGUGUGCUUCCUGAUGCUGACGCCGCAGCUGAUGGCAUACAUGCUGGUCCCCGUGUAUGUAGGGCCGCCCAUGGUCUCCACGUGCCUCUGCCUCCAGGCCUUCUUCACGCUCUGCUUCACCGUCUGCAUCUCCUGCAUCACCGUGCGCUCUUUCCAGAUCAUCUGCAUCUUCAAGAUGGCCAGACGCCUCCCACGCGCCUACGGCUUCUUCCGCUACCAUGGGCCCUACGUCUUUGUGGCAUUCAUCACGGUGCUCAAGACGGUCAUCGUGGGGAGCAGCAUACUGGCCGUGACCACCAACCCCACUGCCCGCACUGACCCCGAUGACCCCAAGAUCACGACCCUGUCCUGCAACCCCAGCUACCACCAGGGGCUGCUGAUCAACACCAGCCUGGACCUGCUCGUCUCCGUGCUGGGCUUCGGCUUCGCCUACAUAGGCAAGGAGCUGCCCACCAACUACUACGAGGCCAAGGUCAUCACCUUCUGCAUGACCUUCUACUUCACCUCUUCCGUCUUCCUCUGAGCCUUCAUGUCUGUCUACGAGGGGGCGCUGGUCACCAUCCUGGACCUCUUGGUCACUGUGCUCCACCUCCUGGGCAUCACCCUGGGCUACUUCGGCCCCAAGUGCUACAUGAUUCUCUUCUACCUGGAGCGCAACACACCAGCCUACUUCAACAGCAUGAUUCAGGGCUACACCAUGGGGAGGGACUAG